AUGGUGCGUGCUCUGGCUCCGCGGAAGAUCCAGAACGGCAGCUCCCGCCAGCGACCGGUGUCCUGUCAGUUCUGCCGCGCCCGAAAGCUGAAAUGCAAUCGCCAACUGCCCUGUGGAAACUGCACCAGCCGUGGAAUAUCCUGUCAGUUGUACUCGCAGCCUCCGACCGAAGAGUCGGUUACGGAUCAGGAUGUUCUGGAGCGUCUGCGGAGGCUGGAGGAGCUCGUUCUCCGGAGUCACGGACAAACGACAACGCCAACAUCCCCCGUCACAGGUGUGGUUGCUCAAGCUCCACAUUCGGUGCCUCGGUUCCACCAGGUUAAUACGGAAGUCAAACGUCUUGAGCAAGAGUGUAUGAGCCCGAACCUGUCGGAAAUGAUCCAGCCCGAUGGCGUGACUUUCAGGAUAUCUCCUAUUGAGCAGAGCGGGUGUCUAUCGGGUGGCUUGGGCCGUGACCCUUCAUGGCCCAAUGCAAUGGGAAGCUACCAAGGGUCCUUUUGUCUGCCGCGUAGCGAUGAAGCAAGACGACUGCUCGACAAGUACAUCCGCGACGUCACCUUUAUCCACCAUGUCAUUCACGUCCCUACCGUGCGUGCUCUAGUGGAUGGUAUCUAUGAAGACGUCGACAGUCAGAAACAACCAAAGCCCCACCAUGUGGUGCUGCUAUACGGUAUCAUCGCCAGCUCGAUUUACUCGUGGACCGAGCAAGACGCGGACCUCCCUUUUUGUCGCAAUGGCGAAGAAGCGACCGAGAAAUCCGCGCUGUGGGUGAAGUCCGCUUUGGACUUGUUGGACUAUUUGCGUCGCGCAUCUUCGCAGUCGCUGGAAGAGAUCCAGGCUAUCAUCAUCGCCUCCUUUGUGGUUUGUCAUCUAGAAGGCCCGUCGGCUCGAUACCGUGACCUGAUCACGUCGGCCAUUACGAUGGCGCGCGAGCUAGGGCUUCACAAAAUCGAUAUUCCGAAUGACACCGACGUAACAGAUGAACACUCGAGGGACCCUGUUGAGGCCGAAGCCAGCAGAAGAGCGUGGUGGUACCUCGUCUCGACGGACUGGAUGUUCUCUCAAUACACCGGCCCCUUAAAGGGGACAUACACCAUCAACCCCCGACACAUGGCCGUCAACAAACCUCGCAACAUCGACGAUGAGGACCUACUUCCCAUCCUCACAUCGACAACCAUCACGCCGCGACCCAUGAACCAUCCCACUAACAUCUCCUACAACCUCCAACGCAUCCAACUGGCCGAAAUCUGCCGCGAACUCACCGACAGCACACCGUUAACCUCCUCCGGCACCGUCGAAUACAACCAAGUGCUCAAAGUCGACCGCAACAUCAUCGGCUUCAUCGCCCAAUGGCCACCCUUCUUCCGUCUUGACGAACAGACCCCGCUUCCCAGCCCCAGUGCCAACACCAACACCAGAUCCAGAUCCAGUACUAAAGAAACUAAAGACCCCGGAAAAGCCACCCAACGCUACAUCCUCAACUCCAUCGUCCCCGCGCAGCGUUGCCGUCUCCAUCUCCCCUAUCUCACACGCGCCUCGCAGGACCCGAACUACGCCUACUCGCGCACCGCGUGUCUCGAAUCGGCGCGGCAUAUCCUUCGCACCGAGCGUCUUCUCGCCACGGAAGAUUUGCCGUUCGUGUUGAUGCGGAAACGCCACUCGGGCACCUUGCAGUGCAUCUGUAUGGCUAUUAUUGUGCUGUUGGCGGACAUUUGCUUUUCGCGGGAUACGGUGGGCGAGUCGGAAGAUUAUGAGAACCGGAGGGCCGAGUUGGCGGAUGCGUGUCGGAUUCUGGAUCGUGCGAAGAGUGAAUCGCCGAUGGCCGGGAGGUUAUUGGGGUAUUUUGUUAGGGUUAUGGGGGAGCAUAAUCUGAGGUUGCCCGGUGUGAGUCAGGGUGGUGAGGAGAGGAUAGGGACAGGGGUAGGGCGAGAGACAAACACGAGGGAGAGCGUCGCUAUAGGCUCGGUGGGGAUGAUGGACGAAGAGACCGACGCUCUGGACGUAUCGGAUCAGCUGGCUCGGUGGCAGGAGUUCUGGCCGUGGGAUGGCAUGGAUACCGAGUUGGACUGGGAUGCGAUUCUAUCCGGGUUGAACCCGUUGAUUUGA